AUAUCCAACACCGUUUACGUCGUUAGUGUUCUAGUUAUGUAAUAACUGUGUAAACGCGACAGCGCCGUUAAAACCGCGUGAUGCUGCGUGAGCUAAGCUAGUUAGCUAGCCUCAUUUGUUUACAUCAGUAGAUCCAGCUGGUUACUUUCAGUCAGACAUUUUCUAGAAUGACGACAGUCUAACAGGAGGAGGGAUGAGGGUCUUUGGGCCAGCAGAGCUGGUCGCAGGCCUCUGUCAUACAGACGAGCAGAAUCCGUUCCCUGUGUGGCAGAAUGGACACAUCAGCCCCUGUUUUAACCAACUCGUCCUUGGAGCCUUGCCUCAUGCAGGGAUGGCCAUUUUCAGUGCCUGCUACCUUGGCAUGCCAAGAUGCGGCCUCCUCCAUACGUCUCCUCCCUGCGGUUGGACACUCAGGUGGGUGUCUGCUCUGCUGGCAGCGCUGCUCUUCGCUGCAGAUGUCGUCGUGGUGAGUCUCCUGCAGCAGGCGGACUUGUACCUGGACGUCCUGGCUGACAGCUGUGCCAUCCUGGCCUGGCUGGUCCACUUCAGUGCCAUCACGGUGCUCCAGAGGACAGCGUUUCGGAGAACCAGAGGUCCUCUGCUGCUUCUCCUGCUGGUCCUUCUGUCUGUCCCAAACCUAGUUAUCACCUUGAUGAUUUACUGCGACAAUCAGGAAUAUUUGAGCCUCACAGAACCUCUUGAAUUGGCACGUUUUGUGCUUGCCUCAGCCCGGACGCUCCCCCUACUGGUUUAUCUUCUAGCAUUUGUAUUUCCCUGCAUCAGUGAUGCUGGGUACACUUUGUAUGUCAACAGUGUGGAUGGAUCAGCACUCAUCCCAGAGAGCACACAGCCAGAUACGGGUGAGAUGGUGGCCGAGGACGGGAGCAGCUGCAUCUCUCGGCUCUUCUACUUGUGGUUGACCCCUCUCCUCAGACGAGGGCAGCGAAUGGAGCUGGACAGACCAGCUGAUGUUUAUCAUCUACCUCGGAAACUUCGGACCUCUGUGGUUUGUCGAUACUUCCACCAGUGCUGGGAAGCCUGCCGACGAGGGGCAGCAGUCAGUAACAGGCAGGAUCAGUGGCCAAUGCCGGUCAGCAGAAACCUCCUGAGUGGCACUUGGAGUUCACACUACCAGGAGCAACCACCGGAGCUGGAGGGUGAUGUGAGACUGCUCAGGGUGCUGCACAAGGCGUUUGGGUUGCGUUACUAUAUCCUGGGUGUGCUGAAGGUGACGGUCAACAUGCUGGGCUUUGCGGGUCCUCUGCUCCUCAGCAGUCUGGUGAACUUUAUGGAGGACAAAGAAGCUCCAGUCAGCUGGGGUGCCUGGUGCGCUCUGGGGCUCUUUACCACCACCCUGCUCACUUCCUUCCUCCAAAACAUCUUCAUCUUUGAGGUCUCCAAGGUGGCGCUGUCAGUGCGCGCCACUCUUGUGUCGGCCAUUUACAGCAAAGCCCUGCAGGUCAGCGGCAGCAGCCUGGCCGGCUUCGCUCUGGGAGAGGUGGUGAACUUAAUGAGCACAGACACUGACCGUGUGGUCAACUUCUUCAACAGUUUCCAUGAGCUGUGGAGCUUGCCCUUCCGGUUUAGCAUCACCCUCUACCUGCUGUACCUGCAGGUGGGCGUGGCUUUCCUUGGAGGGCUGGGCGUGGCUCUGCUGCUGGUGCCGUUCAACAAGUUCCUCGCUUCCCGUAUCCUUAGCAACAACCAGCACAUGCUCAGGCACAAGGACAGUCGUGUUAAGUUAAUGACAGAGAUCCUCUUCGGCAUUCGCGUCAUCAAGUUCUACAACUGGGAGCCUCAUUUUACUCAGAAGGUCGCCGACUGUCGUCAACAAGAGCUGUCCCACCUCAAGGCCAUCAAGUACCUGGACGCCAUGUGUGUUUACACCUGGGCUGCUCUGCCUGUGGUCAUCUCCAUCCUCACCUUCGUCACGUACGUGCUGCUGGGACACCAGCUGACUGCAGCCAAGGUGUUCACCACGCUGGCUCUGGUGGGAAUGAUGAUCAUCCCACUCAACGCUUUCCCCUGGGUGCUCAACGGCAUCCUGGAGGCCAAAGUGUCUCUGGAGCGAAUCCAGCGCUUCUUCAAACUGACCAACCAGGAUCUGCAGGCGUACUAUGCCCUGGUGUCUCCUGAAGACACCCAGACAUCGAUCCUGUUGAGCCAGGGGUCAUUCUCCUGGCAGGGGCCCGACAGUCCAACACAGAACAAACAGGGAGAAACUCACACUGGAGCUGCUAAAGGGAGUCUGCUGCUGCACAGUCUCACUCUACACAUCACAAAGGGCUCUCUGGUUGUUGUGGUGGGGAAGGUCGGCUGUGGGAAGAGUUCGUUACUGGCUGCUCUCACUGGAGAACUGGACAGGCUGAGUGGGGUGGUGUACGUUGCUGACAGAGAGGCCGGCUUCGGUCUGGCGUCUCAGGAGCCAUGGAUCCAGCACGCGUCAGUUCGGGACAACAUCCUGUUUGGCAAAGACUAUGAUCCUGUCUUCUACCAGGCUGUGAUCGAGGCCUGUGCUCUCUCGGACGACCUCAACGUUUUGCCAAACGGUGACAAGACAGAGGUGGGAGAGAACGGCGUGACUCUGAGUGGAGGACAGAAGGCUCGACUGGCCCUCGCCAGAGCUGUUUACAUGAACAAAGACAUCUACCUCCUUGAUGAUCCGUUGGCAGCGGUCGAUAGCGACGUGGCUGAACACCUCAUGAAGAAAUGCAUCAUGGAGCUCCUCAGGGGGAAGACCAGAAUACUUUGCACGCACCGCAUAGAGUUUGUGGACAAAGCCGACAUGGUGGUCCUCAUGGACAACGGAACGAUCAUCAGAACAGGCACACCAGCAGAAAUCCUUCCUUUGGUCGAGGCAGUGCCCAAAAAACUGAAGAAUGACCACAACAUGAAAGAGAAAGAUGGCGUGGAGCAGGAGGAAGAGGAGCCCGGUUCGUCCCCUGAUCUCCGUGUGGACGAUGACCCCGACCUGACGUUGGCGGAACAGAAGCAGGUGGGCGGGCUGGCGUGGAGAGUUUACCAGACCUACUGGUCGGCUGUGGGCGGAGUGCUGGCCGCCUCCAUCCUGAUGUCUCUGCUCCUCAUGCAAGCGUCUAAGAAUGUUUCUGACUGGUGGCUGUCCCACUGGAUCUCAGAGCUGAAAAACAACAGAACAAAUUGUUCCUCCUCAGAUGCCUUCAGCUCACCUCACCUGCUUCUCUUCUCACAUGGAGGGUUAAUGUCUCCUCUGUCCUCAGCACAAACGCUCAUUUCAAGCAACGUGAGCUCUGAUGUCAAGUUUUACCUGACGGUGUACAGCUCCAUCGCUGCGGCCAACACCAUCUUCACCGCCCUCCGAGCCUUCCUCUUUGCCUACGGAGCCAUCUGCGCCGCCACCACCAUCCACAACAGACUUCUGGAUCGGGUCCUUAAGGCCACAGUGACCUUCUUCGACACCACCCCGAUGGGACGCAUUCUAAACCGCUUUUCUUCGGACCUGUACACCGUGGACGAUGCCCUGCCGUUCAUCCUGAACAUCCUGCUGGCCAACGUCUUCGGCCUGCUGGGCAUGAUGGUGGUGAUAAGCUAUGGCCUCCCCUGGGUCCUAGUGCUGCUGCUGCCCCUGGCUCUGGUCUACCACCACACACAGAGGUUCUACCGGCACACCUCUCGAGAGCUGAAGCGCCUGUGCAGCAUCACUCUGUCGCCCGUGUACUCGCACUUCUCUGAGACGCUGACCGGGCUGGGAACCAUCAGGGCCAGCGGUGCAUCUGCCAGGUUUGAAGAGGAGAUCGCCAAGCGUCUGGAGCAGAACCAACGCUGCCUGUUCCUUAGCAACGCCGCCAGCCAGUGGCUGAGCAUCCGCCUGCAGCUGAUUGGCGUUGCUGUGGUGACCGGCCUUGGCGUGAUCGCUGUCAUCCAGCACCAGUAUAACUCUGUCGAUCCUGGUCUGGUGGGUCUGUCCCUGUCCUACGCCCUGUCCAUUACAACCCUGCUGUGCGGCAUCAUACUCAGCUUCACCCAGACGGAGAUGCAGCUGGUGAGUGUGGAGAGAACCGAGGAGUACUCCACCGGCCUUCCCACCGAGCCACAGCACCAGAACACACAGCUGCCCCCGGCGUGGCCCGAGCAGGGCUGGUUGGAGUUCCGCAGCGUGGUUUUGGCCUACAGGGACGGUCUUCCUAACGCCCUGGACGGAGUGAGCCUGGUGGUGCGACCUGGGGAGAAGGUGGGCAUCGUGGGACGUACAGGCUCUGGAAAGUCCACCUUGUUCCUGGCCCUGUUCCGUAUGGUGGAGCUGAACCAGGGUCAGAUUCUCCUGGACGGGCUGGACAUCAGCACUGUGGGCCUGGCUCAGCUCAGGUCUAGGUUGGCCAUUAUUCCCCAGGACCCCUUCCUGUUCAGCGGGACCAUCAGGGAGAAUCUGGACCCGUGUGGGCAACACGCUGACCAGCAGCUGCUGGACGUGGUGGACCAGUGCCACCUCAGCUCUGUGGUCAGCAGGAUGGGUGGUCUGGAUGCUGAGGCUGGGGAGAGAGGGAAAUCUUUCUCUGUGGGACAGAGACAGCUGCUGUGUUUGGCCAGAGCUCUGCUGACCCAGGCCAAGGUCCUGUGUAUUGAUGAAGCCACAGCCAGCGUGGACCAGAAGACGGACAAACUGCUGCAGCAGGCCAUCAGAGAGAAGUUUCAGGACAAGACCGUCCUCACUAUUGCACACAGGAUCAACACCAUCAUGGACUGCGACAGGGUCCUGGUGAUGCGAGCUGGGAAGGUGGUGGAGUUUGACACCCCAGCUGCUCUCUGCCAGACUGACCACUCUAUCUUCCACAGGCUGGUCGGUCGGAGAGGAGAGUGAGCUGACUGAAAAGACACUAGAGGACAGAAAAAUAUUUAUUUUUAUAUUUUUCAUCCUGGAAAUGUUUGCUGAGAACUUUUUCAGCACCGUCCUGCUUUACAUACUGUUAUGGCACACAUUUAAAGAGGUCUUCUACUGUUGGAGCAAAGAGGCGGGGGAUGCCUUGCUCCAGAUUUCUGUUUGGACUGGGAAGUGAUGAUAUGGGUUUGCAGAUAUGAAACGUAUGAAACUUUCUUCUUGGGAGACUAAAAACUAGACACUUCACUUAAAUUAGUUUUUUUGUCUCCUUAAUCUCAUUUUUGGGGGACAUUUUUAACUAUGAAGCAAUAAAUUUGCACUGCACAUUAACCAUUUAUCCUGCUGGGAUUUGUUGUUCUUUAUUACUACAAGCACGUAACUUGCAGCAGGCCUUAUAUACGACUCUCUAUACUCUACCAGUCCGUUUUAUUUUCUCUCAGUGUGCACUGGGGAAAAAUCACCCAUGGUGGCUGAUGCGGGGCAUUUGCUGCACUCAUGCUUGAAUAUUCUGAAAAUACCUUAAAAUGUGAAAAGGAUGAUGUAUUAAAAUGCAUAUUCUCUGUUAGCUGCUGUUAAACUUGAUAGAUUUUAACCCUACACAGUUACAAAACACCUACCACUAAAUUCCAGCCUGUGAAAAUAAGCGUAGUUGCGUCAGCUUCAGUAGUAUAAAAACAUGGAUUUAUACAGAAAAAUUAUGGGGGUACACUGCAGGUUUAGUAGCCUGUUUUUAGUUGCAGUCAGAGCUGAAGAAAUAUCAGUCUGCCACAACAGCCUAGCCCUAAUUUGAAAGAGGGAUCUGUGUAUGAGUAAUCUCAAAUCUUAAUCUGGUUCCCCUAAAGUGGGAGUUGAUGAUAGGUCACUUUGCAGUCACUAGAUAGUGUUCCUGUGUUAUAUGGUCAGGUUAUUUUGAGAUAUAGAAGAGGUUUAAAUGAAGGUCUGUCUUAAAUGAAGUGUUACAUUUUACACUUUUGCAAGUUAAAAGGAUUUUCAUCCAUCCAAUGGGAACAACAUAGAGAUAAUGACAUGCAGUAUGUUUUGGUGUUCCUCAGGGAAGCUGUUUUGAUCCUCCGCCGUUUUUGUUAUAUGUGUGUUUUUUGGAAGUUAUCAUGAGAUACACAAUGUUGAUUUCUGUAUCUGCUGUCUGUGGCUGCUGCUAGUUUGUUAGAAGUUCACAACUACACCCAAAGACAGCAAACUAGGAGUGGGGCAAUCUGUGCUCCUAAAUUUCUUUAACUUUGGAACGUUGUACCAAAAGACAAUUAAAAAACAAACAAACUCAGAAAGCAUUUAUAAUUGUCCGCUUAACACAUUACUUCUUGUUGCAAUUUACACUUUUGCAAGCUAAAAGGAUUUUUCAUCCACCCACUGGGAACAACAUAGAGAUAAUGACAUACAGUAUGUUUUGGUGUUCCUCAGGGAAGCUGUUGUGAUCCUCUGCUGUUUUUAUUAUAUGGGCGUAUCUUGGAUGCUAUCUUCAGAUACACUAUGUUGAUUUCUGUAGCUGCUGUCUGUAGCUACUGCUGUUAAUUUGUGCUGCUGCUGGUUUGUUAGAGGUUCACAACUACACCCAAAGACAGAAAAUUAGGAGUGGGGCUUUUAGUAUCUGUGCUCCUAAAUUUCUUCAACUUUGGAACGUUUUACCAAAAGACAUUUAAAAAAAAAACAAAAAAAACCCCUACUUAGACAGCAUUAAUAACUGACCGCUUAACACAUUACUUCUUGUUCUUGUUCUUUUUUUUGUUUUAAGAUUAUUUUGGGGCAUAUUCGCCUUCAUUGGACAGUUGAAAGUGCCGAGGUGUACAGGAAACAGGGAGGCAGAAUCAAGCCAGAUUUUCUUUGUUUUGUUUUUUAAUUUUAUUUAUAAUGUUUGCUUAUCUGCUUUUACAGUUUUUCUUUUAAAUUAAAACACAUCGACUGCAUUUAGUGGAUGUGGAUGUGAGAGCCACGUACAUCACGUUCAUCAUUAUUAACAUAUUACGUAACAUAUGAAUCUCAGAGGUUUCGGAUGGCAGGUCUGAAUUUCCUGGUUACUUUUCUGACCUUGAUGUUAUCUUUGUCACUCACAUUUUUUUUGUUAUCUCUUAUCAAAACAAAAGUACAGCUUUUCUAAAUGUGUGUGUUUUUUUGUAGUUUAUAAAACCCAAGGUCUUUUUUAUAACUAGAGGGAAUGUUUUUAGGAUCAAUUCCUUUUCUUCUCUGCAAAUAAUUUACUGUCAGUCAGGAAGAAAAUUCACUCUUACUGGAGGGGAAGUUUAAAACCUUGAGUCUGUGCCGUGUUUGUCCUGUCCUCAUUUGUCUCUGUUUAUUCUGCACAUCCGUUACAAACACUUGUGACAUGUUUUUCCAAAGUUGUGUCAACAUGAAAACACGUUACCACCCUGACUGUUUUAUUCUGUAUUGAGAUGGUUUAGGGAAUUACAGUAUGUGAACUACGGCUGCAACUAGUGAUUGUUUUCAUCAUCGAUUAAUUGUUUGGUCUGUAAAACUCUAAAACAGUGGAAAAACUUUGUCGCAAUAUCCUAGAGCACAAUGUGACGACAUUAAAUGGUCGUGAAAAUAUUCAAUUUACUAUGAAAAGACCAAGAGAAGCAGCAAAUUAUCACGUUUGAGAACCUGGAAUCAUCAAAUGUUUGGUAUUUUUGCUUGAAAAUUCAGUCCAACAAUUAAUCGACAUCAAAAUACAUGCAGCUACAUUUUCUUUUGAGCGAUGAAUGGAUUGAUCUACUAAUCGCUGCAGCUCUAAUAUAAACUGUAAAUCAAAUUUAAAUUCAAAUAUUGACGGAAAGAAGAAACUUUUUCUGGAUGCACCACUGAUAAUAUGCAUUGUUAGACUGAACAAUUCAAAAUAACUUGUGAUGAUGAAGUGUGAUAUAUUUAACAUUCACAUAAAUCAUUUGGGAAUGAUUUAUUUUGUUGUCUUUGUUUUUGUCAACAAAGUUGCUUUAUAAUUUAAGUCCCUGUAAUAAAUCACUUUCUUUUCUAGUAAACAUUUGUUGUCACACCUC